AGUGGGGGAGGGUCACGUGUGUACACACUGUAGGGCUCAGCAGCACUCCAGCAGUAGUAAAGUCUGUUACGGACGGCCCCUUUUCAGAACAAGCCUCGUCCGAAAAGUUGAUAGGUGAAGUAAGUCUCCAUCGUAACGCACUUAAACGCGUCUUUUUGCAGUUUCUGCCGCUUUUAGAGCGCGAGGGAGAAGCCGAAGCGACUAUUUUAGGACGUGUGUUUGUGAAAUGAAACGACUGAGAAAUGCCAGUGGAAAUGCUCCAUCCAAACCCAAUGCCUCCGUAGGUUUGUCACCGAGCCAACGCUUUACGUUUCUGUCGGCCUGUUGAGAGACUUGGCCUGUGUCAGAGCCCAGCGAUGUGGCUCUGCACGGUUUACAAUGAGACGGACACCAGCGUGGACUUCCGGCUCUGCCAGGACUUUGGCCUCAUCCUGUCAGUCUUCUCCCUCAUCUACCUCCUGGUGUGCUUCCCGUUGGGGCUGUGCUACAACGUGCUGCUGGUCGUGGUCAACCUCUCCAACAAGGUGUCCAUGACCAUGCCGGAUGUUUAUUUCGUCAACAUGGCCAUCGCUGGCCUCGUGCUCAACCUGGUGGCGCCCGUGGAGCUGCUGAGUUCCACCUUCACCCGCUGGCACGCGUGGGAGUACAACAACGAGGUCUACAUCACCCUGCUCAUCCUCUUCAACAUCUCAUCUCUGGUCAUUAUGUAUUCCACCACGCUGCUCAGUCUGGACUACUAUAUAGAGCGGGCGCUGCCUCGCACCUACAUGUCCAGUGUGUAUAAUACCAAGCAUGUGUGUGGGUUCAUCUGGGGCGGUGCAGUGCUCACGAGCUUCUCUUCGCUGCUCUUCUAUGUGUGCAACCACAUCUCCACUAAGAUGGUUGAGUGCUCAAAAAUGCAGAACAAGGAGGCAGCGGACGCCAUCAUGAUGUUCAUCGGCUACGUGGUUCCAGCUGUGGCUGUCCUUUAUGCCUUUGUGCUCAUAUUGCGCAUCAGGAAGGAGUCUACACCUCUGGACCAGGACUCAGCUCGCUUGGACCCUUCUAUCCACAGACUGCUGCUAGCCUCAGUCUGUGUACAGUUUAUACUGUGGACCCCGUACUACAUGACCCUGUUGGUACACACUGUAGCCGGUGCACCAGGGUACAUUAGCAAUGCACAUUACAUACCCACAUAUUAUUUCUUGAGAUGUGUGUCGAAACUGCUGGCUUUCUCAAGCAGCUUCGCGAUGCCUCUCAUGUACAGGCAGAUGAACAAAAACUUCUCCAACAAGCUUCAGCGGCUGCUCAGGAGGCUGCACUGCAGAGACCAGUCCUGCCCUCAUGAACGCUCAACAGUGCAGCAAGUGGUGACGUGAGAUCUCCCUCCUGGAAGAUUACCCACAACCCUCCCACUCCCUCUUUUCAACCUCUCGGCGUAGGCGGCACUUAUCUCCCCCCCCCAUGGAGCAAGUAUCUGACUGGGCUCCCUUGCUGCUCUGGACUGUGUUAAGAGCGACAUAGCUAACUGUGGAAUUUCCUGUCACCUUCCAGAACUUGAUCUGAUCUAUCCAGUUCUGCAGUGAAAGGACAAACCAAGAAAAAAACCACUAAGUGCUGUUAUUUUUUUUUUUUUUUGUCACUGAGUGAAGCUCUCCACUAAGACACUUGAGCUUCUAGUUUGAGGGCGGUAAAUUGGCACAAUCAGCUGAUAAAUACCCAGCGCAGAGUUUCACACAAGUACUAAUGAAAUGUCUUUUAGCAAGGGACUCAACAAGCACUAUACCAUUGCAGUGGGUGCAGCUUUCCUUAUGCGAGUGUGUUUUGAGUGUUCUGUUGAACAUGUUUUAUCAUGCAUGACUGCACAGUAUGCUACUAGAUACAGUUUAAGUCCCAACAAGAAUAAUUAAUAAAUGGUGCAGAUGCAUUUGUCUAACACAAGCAGAUUGACAUAGCUAACUUUACUUAUUAAGUGAAGCCAAGUUGUUUUGUUUCUUAAGAAAAAACUGCGGUGACCAAGACAUUUGAGUGAACUGCAUAUCCAAAACGUUCUGCAAAUUCAAAAAACACAAAUGCUUGAAUGGAAAACAAAAAUGCAAAAGCGAUAAUGGAAGUGAGCAUCAACGAAUGUGAGGAUUCGUAUUUAUGUAAUCUGCCAUCUAAUGUUAUGAAGCUAGCUAUGCAGUAACGUUAGCAUUACACCAUUUAGCUAACAUAAGUCAAUUAGACCAAUGUAGCCUAAGCUGCAACCAUAUGGAGACAUAGCUGUAUUAAAUCGGAUUUAUGGUAGGUCGCUGAACCCUUUCUUUGAAGUGUCACUGUCAGUGUUUUUUAAAUUUAUGCUUCAGGUUAAAUUGUUCUCCUUUGUACGUUAAUCAGAGACCCUUUUCUUAAAUAUGAAAAGACAUUGGACAACAUGGCUCAUUUGUGACAGUCACAUAGCGAUAGUUAUAAUAGUUUGCCAGCGAACAUCGUUUUACUCACUGCUCAGACAGAAAGGAACUUGCCUCUUCCAUAUGUGUAGGCUAUAAUAGUUGGCUUUUGCCAAAGUGUUGUCGCUUUUGCAUUUGUGUUUCCAUGUUUUUCAUAAUUGCAAUGCAUUCGCCAGUUUGUUCAAAACAUCUCAGCUACCAUAAAAUACUCCACAACCCUGCAUUGAUAGAUGGAUGAUUGGUGCCGGUAUAUCAACAGCCCACCAGAGUUAAUCAACAUGCAUUGUUUGUCAUUUUGCGCUGCGGGUUAACAUCACCGUUUACUGCCCUCAAACUAGAAGCCUUAAUCACUUGAAUGAGAAGACAGCUCUACCUUUCCGGAGCUGAAUAUUGCUUUUACGUAAAUGUGCUGAACAUGAUUCCUCAUCAUCAGAGUAAAUAAUCUUCACAUUGUAAAGGUUGAAUACAAUAUAAAUGGUCUCUUAAUUUCAAAAGCUAUCUUCUGUCUCGACACCAGUGCUACCCCGUAGCUAGACGUAGGUACUGGUGUGAAGAGAUGUUUUCAUUUCAGUUUAAUAAAUUGAGCAGUGAGGCAUAAAGAGAUUAUCCCUACAUAUGUCAAGCUCCACAAUAAAUACCAUAUUUAAUAUACAUCCACACCACUUUGAAGUCACACAGAACUACAUCGACAGACAGACAUAACCGGUAUACCUCUUGUUUUCUGCUGAAAUCACCUGCUGAACAUAAGCAGUUCAACUCAACUCAUUAAAAAUCAGCUCUUUCAUUUGAGCAGAGAGCCUCGGCCCAGUGUGUGAUUGAUUAAGGAAUUAUGCAUGGAGAGCUUCACGUAGGGUCAGCGAAGUCCCCACAGGGUCACAGCAAAGGCCCUGAGAAGGUGGCAUGUACAUUCCCUGAAUUGUAUGAGAGGUCGGAAGGUUUGUCCAGUUGAAUCAUGAAGCCAGACUGGGUCGCUGUAGAGGCACUAUAAAAAACCUUCACAAAUCAUAAAAUGACUCACCUGUCACAGAUUUUUGAACUGUAAUGCUGCUCAGAUCCAGUCAGGUCAUCUGCACAUCAUUGGUGAAGCUGCUUUGCUUUCUUGCCUGCCACUUAGUGAAACGUGAACAGACUUAUAGCAAUGAACCCCAGUUAUAAAAUGAAAAAUAUAUGAAAAAAAAACAACAACUUGUUUUUGCAUGAGGUCUAUUGCAUCACUGCAUUAGUUUAGUUAUUUAUUAGCUUUUUUGAAUUAGAGGGCCAGUUUUUUUAAUCAUCCUGUGAACAGAUACAGCGGCAGGGUGGGGAGUACACUUGAAGAGAAAAAGAUGGCGGGCACACUGUUAUAUUCUAAUCACAGACAACAAUAAAUAACAGUCACUUAUAUUUGUAGACAGUUUUAUUUUACACCUUUGAAUAAUUAUGCUAAAAUCUUUGGACUAAUUCCACAAGUGUGUUUGGCUCUCACUCGAUUGCCAGAUGUUGUAACACAGAUUUAACGCAUUUCAUACAUUAUGAAUAUUGAGAUUAUAACAUCUUGUGACUAGUAAUAUUUACAUAUUUUACAUCUACAAUUAAGGUAUGAAUCUGUGUCCAAAUUUUUGCUGCACAGCCCCACUCCUGUUGCGUGUAUCUACAAUCAGUCAGCGAGAAGUACUGUUUAUUUUCAACCGAGGCUGUGUGUUUACAUUAUGUGGUACAGUAUGUGCUGCCCCAUUUAAAAAAAAAAAAAAAAAAGCUAUCGUGACACAGUUAAUGAUUAUUUGAACUCAGUUCAAAGUCCCAGUGCUUACUGUUCAUUUAGGACUGGAAGGCAAACAGACAGUCAGAUAAUAAGCGGUUUGAAUCAAAGCUUGUGACAGUCUGAUGGAGGAAAUGAAGCAACAUUUGUAAAGGUGGUGUCCAUUUUUUGCUCUAGAUUGGUGCCCUUGUGUCCAUUUAAAUAUUUUACCAAACUUGAGCCAUCAUUUAAUGAGUGACACUUGAAUUAUAAUCAAUAGAAUUCAAUGUUUCCCAGUUUUCUGAUUAUGUGACAGUGUUCGCAUCAGUAUUUUUAUGCAGUUAAUCUGGUUAGAACUGAUGUCAACUUUGAUUUUAUUUCAUUAAUUUUGUGAAGAGGCAACAACCAAACUCAAAACUUGUUAUUUUGAUCAAUUAAAAAAAUGUUUAGAUGAUUUAAGAUUUGAAUUGGCCUCAAACCACACAGAGAAUUGUGCUGGGAAAUAGCGAAAUUGGAGUUAUGACCGUCUAACUUUACAAUGUUGCUGCAGCGCCACCUGUGGCAAGAUAACAUAGUUGAUACGUGCAUGUGCCAUCUAAAUUUGGUUGCAGUUACUCCAAGAAUGCCUCACUUUUAACACCCAAGUCCAAUUAGUUUUCUGGAAAGGUUCAAGGUGCGUUCGUAAAUCCAAUCUGAUCCACACUAAAAUAUGAGCCCUGUGGUUAAAUGAAAAUUAAAAGCACCCAGAGUGUGCUCUGCCACUCUUGAGAAUGCAGCACUCUGGAUAACCGAAUGGUUCUUUCCAACAGCGCUGAGCCUAAAUUAAACUGAGACUUUUUUUAUUUUAAUAUCUUGCUAAGUACAAGACCGGACCUAAAACAAACUCCUGGGCAGAGGUAAUAAUUAGCAGUCACCACAAAUGGACCGACUGCACGAUGCACACCACCGGCAAAUAAAGCUUGAUCAAACUGGGCUCCGAAUCACACCCCGGCUCAGAUUACCGCUCAGGUCUGAGUUUGGUUUAUUAUUUCAGAGGGGCCAUAAUCUCCCAUCAGUGCGAAGACAUGUGAGCGAUAAUCAGUGAGUUCAGACAGACCAAGUGUAAAAACACCCUGCAAAGUUCUCGUGUGUCGAAUGUAUGCUGAUGCAUUUUUAGCUAUUUGAACGGCAAAACCUCAGAAGUCCAGAUGAAUCCACUUUCAGAUGUGAUGCUUUUGUGACUGUGUAUGCAAGUGUAUAUGUAUAAUACAGAAUAAUGUGUAUAUAUUGUAUGUUGAGAGAUUUACAGGAAGCUACCAUGCUCUUUCAAAAACACAGUAUUAUUUUCUGAGAGAUAUAUUUAGAUUCUGUAAGUAAUCUACUCUAUUGUCAACUGAGUCCAAGACUGAUUAAACAAUAAACUAACAUGGAUGUGA